CCCCACCCUAUACUAUAUCAUUAGGUUUUAAGCUGUGUGUCUGUUGCAUUCGGCCAAAUAACUUGGCACACGUUGAGCACAAGCGAUUAUAAUUACGUGCAAGCUAGUAGCAUAAUUUGCAACGUUCGGCGUAUAAACUUAAAAAACUUUGUUCUUGUUAUUCUUUUUUGUGCAUGUCAUUUAUACAGUCUUCAAAAACCCAUAGAUUUCUUUAUCACGCCGGCGCAUAUACACUUGAGCAAAUCCGUGGGUAUUUAAGUUGUUACGUCCGGAUAAAUUUAAAACUUUAGCUUAGACGCAUUAUCGCCGUUACAUUAUUAUAUUGUAGAAAGUAACAGACUUAAGUUUAAUUUUUGCUACAAAUAAUUAAAGGCAUCACAACCUAUAUGAAGAUGCAGGUUUUUACAUAUUGUUACGUUUUGAGUUGUGUGUAUGUUGCAUUCGGCCAAAUAAGAUGGCACAAGUUGAGCACAAGCGAGUAUUAUAUACAGAAUGGUAGUACCGUUAACCAUCAAGCUGCAGUUGAUUCUUGUGCUUCAUUGAAUGCUACACUAGCUCGAGUUAAAACAACACAAGUGCAACAAUUCCUCGUAAGCAUUAUUACCGGUACGAAAAACUAUUACAUCGGGUUAAACCGAAUCAACCUGGGCAAAACCGGAUUCCAGUGGAAUGAUGGAACGAAUGUGACGUCAGGUGAAGCGCAAUGGAAUGUUGAUGAACCGAACAACCUCGGCAAUAACGAAGCUUGUGUUCAAAUGCGUGGGGUAAAUGACAACAACCACGGUUGGAAUGAUGUGCCUUGUAACACUCCCUGUAACUACAUAUGCGAGCGACACAAAGACAUCACUAUUAACGGAUCUUCCGUGCAGUUUGUUUACUCCAGCAAAAGUCACACGGUUUUAGAUAUUGUGUACAGAAUGUGUUUAAGUGCCGCCCCGUACAAAGUAGAAGCAAGUGCUCGUAUGUUGGAUGAAAGUUUACCCCAUCGUUUCAACGUCAUCCCUAUCGAUAUUCGGUCUUAUUCAUUCAUAGCAAGGUUGGAAAGGAUCGACUUAAACAGCGGGUGGUCCACAUCCGAGAUCAAUAUAUCCUGGAUAGCUCACUUCAAUACACCAGUGCAAGUAAACUGAACAACACUUUGUCAUUUAUGUAAUUAAAGGCAGUAAAUGUUAAAUUUUUACUGCAUUGUAAGAUAUAUACUCAUAAUGAAUUUUUAAACGAACAGAAAUUGCCUUCUGUUUGUAACUCGAACAAUUGUUGUUUUGACUGGCUGCCUAGCGCUACUAGCUUAUAUACUACAAAUAUAUACAGUAUAGGAUGGGGGAAGACGGGACACUUUUUAGCGCGUAAUAUCUGAAUAUGCUGACCGUGCUUUAAACAAUUAACAACGUUUUAUAAAAGUCGUGAGAAUACGGUUUUAUUAUUCUCUGAGUGUUCUUUGUUUACUAUCAAAUUGGACGAGAAAAUAGAAUAAAAAGGUGUCCCAUCUUCCCCCACCCUACUAUAUUGCUUUUAUUUUGUCUUGGUCACAUAGGCGACCACUGUCUCUAUAGUCUGUGUUAUACCAUUAGAGGCUUUGCUUUAGUUCUUUACUCGCAGGGCGCUUUUACUUAUUAGCGUAUGUGUUUAGCUAUUAACAUAUUGUUCUAUUUAAAUAAGCGAUGGAACGUAACUGGUUUUUAACCCCUCUCUCAUUUUUGUUGUCGAUGUUGGUAAUCGUGUAGGGAUGUUGCUGGAUUGUUUUAUAAUAUUAAUACAGCUGUAUACAUAUAGCCUACAUCUAUAUCGUUUGACGCCGUUGCACAGUAGUCAAAUAUUCAUGUAACAUAUAGGUUACCGGCGCGAGGUUCGACGCUGCUACCACUGAGGCAUAUGUGUUGUUGAGCAAGACACUUAAGACAGUUGUUCCAAUCCAGUGGACAAUGUAUUGGUUCUCCAAAUUGUCAGCUUAACGUUAAGAAAGUCAAGAUAUAAAAAAAGUCAGCUACAAAGUAACAACUUUGGUUUGCAAGUA